AUGAAAGAGAACGAUAAGCAGAAGGAUCUAGGGUGUCAGAAAGGUAAAGGACGUAAAAAGAAGCAUUCGUUGGAAGAAGAUAAAUGCACGAAUUCGUCUGGAACAGAAUCGUCCGAGAGCCGAUGCAAGUCAGGAACUCAAACCGAGAAUAGUCAAUGUCCAUCGAGCUUGAAAUCUGGAAACUCUGAAGCUCCGCCUCGCGACAUGAAUCAGUGGCUUGACGAUGUCGCUGUACAUUUGAAAAAGUUUGCUUCUCUUAUAUCAUCAGUACCAAAGGAUGAAUCUAGUGUGAAUUCGGGGCCACCAACAAAGACUUCAAGGAGUAGAAGCUCUUUGAAAGGAACGAGAUCAUCAACAAAAUCAGCAUCAUCGACUGCAAACAAGGAAACCAAUUAUGAUACUGAUACGUCAUUCAAAAUCAUCGAAUCUGAAAACAGCAGCUAUCUUGGUGUGCUAAGUCGAAAAGAUGCUGAAUGCAAAAUGAGCAAAUCGGCGAGAUUUGCAAUUUAUCACCAACUCGGCUAUUCUCCGAUUAUAAUGAAUAUUCAAAAGGAAAUUGCGCUUGCCGCCAUUUAUAAAUCCUCUGAUGGAAUAUUUACGCAUUUUCGAGUUCAUGAAUAUAUUCACCAUGAUUCAAGCCUCUCAUACUAUGUUGAGAAUGGAAAAUCCGACAAGCCGCGCAUGUUCCGAUCGAUUGAGGAUCUUAUUCAGUUUUAUACUAAAAAUCCGAAAAGCUAG